AUGGCAAGUGCUUCAUCGGCCACGCCGGCUGGAGAUCGAGAGGACAGGCCACUCCAGCAGCCCAGCUCUCAGGCACAACCCAACCAGACAUCGGCCCCCACAGAGCCAGAGUCCUUCUCACAAUCUGCAGCGGAAGAGGCGCCAGAGACGUACGAGGCCACCCACGUUCACGCAGUCUACGAAGCCAUCGCACCGCACUUCUCGGCCACACGCCAUAAGCCUUGGCCUCGGGUUGCCAGCUUCUUGCUAUCUCAACCGCCUGGUAGUCUCGGUCUCGAUGUGGGAUGCGGCAACGGCAAGUAUCUACGUGUCAACCCGUCUGUCCAUCUGCUUGGCUCCGAUCGGAGUCCAGCUCUCGUCCAGCUCGCCCGGACUGAGCUGAGACGGCCUCGGGAAGACGGUGUCGAGCAUGAUCCUAGAGUAUCCGAUGUAGAUGUUGCUGUCGCCGAUGGUUUCGCCCUUCCUUAUCGCAAUGGAGCCGCUGACUUUGUUAUCUGCAUCGCUGUUGUGCACCAUAUGUCGACACGCGAGAGAAGACAAGCCGCCAUUGCUGAGUUACUGGCACUCGUUACUCCCAAAGCCGGCCGUGUGCUCGUCUAUGUGUGGGCUCUCGAGCAGGCGUCAAGCCGUCGCGGGUGGGACGCGAGCAGUGACCAGGAUCGCCUGGUGUCGUGGGUGAUGCGGAAGCCAAAAGGUCAAGAACCCGGAGGCACGUUCCAGCGCUACUACCACCUGUACAAGGAGGGUGAGCUCGAGGAGGAUGUCAAGGCGGCUGGGGGCAUCGUUGUAGAGACUGGCUAUGAGAAGGAUAACUGGUGGGUGGUAUGUAGUCGACCGUCGUGA